AUGGAAUGGAUGUUGACAGUGUCCGGAACGCCUUCCGCGACUUUAAGAUGCUCGCUUGCACUCCCGACCACCGACCUGCCAGGUCGGAUGCGGUCAUGCUUGAUGGUUGACGAAGAGGUCCUCGCAAAGUCAGCCAAGGCACUGGGCAAACACAAGAUCAAGGGCAGAACCCCGGACCCGGCCCAGGUUUGGGUAAAGGUGGUUGAGGACAAUUUCCCGGACGGUCGUUUUCGGGAGCAGCCUUUCGUCACAAGUGCGCCUGGCGCCGAAGAUACUUUUGCGCACUAUAGGGGCUCGACUAUGAUUGCGGUUUCGGCUCUAGUCGAGGUAUUUGAUGGUCUCCGUCAGGGUAAAUAUUUGGCGGAAUAUCACCGCAGAGGGCAGGUCUAUAUCGGGGAGGGGAACUGGCGUGACUUAUAG